GACUCGGUAAUAAAUUGUCUCGUUCCACCGAGAGAGAGAGAGAGGCUCCUCGUUUUGUUAAGUCGCGGUGCAGUUUGUGGCAAAUAUUCUCAAUACCCGUUUGAGUUCGAACUCUGCUUGCAGGCGUGUGUGUGUGUGUGGUUAGUGCCGUGCUGUCCAGAGACUUCAGAACGAUGUUCACCAUGGGAAAAUGUAUCCUGGUCUUAUGCCUCAUUUGGAUGGUGCUAUUGAAGGUUGAGGCAUCAGGGACCCCACGUGUGAAUGCAUCCCAAGCGCAGAACGGGAUGUGUCAAUGCACGGUCCUCGUGGCUGACUCCGUCUUUCCAGCCGAUCGAGUCGAGUCUCUGCAAGAUACUUCACGAACUCUGGCUUUACGCGUGGAGGCGCAGGCUCAGAAGCUGCAGCACAUGGAGGCGACCGUGUCGCUGUACGCGGUGAGACUCGCCAACUUGACCCGGAGGCUCGAGAGCUCCUUCCUCGGCGACGUCUCCAUCACGGAGCUCGACUUUGAGCUGCUGCGGGCCGAGGUGAAGGAGAUGGAGUUGCUCAUCCUGGAGCUCAAGUCGACGAUGGCCGUCAGCAAUCCCGUCCUGGAGACCCUCCUGGCAGAGGUGGGCAACGCGAGCGCGACGGUGAACGCGCUUGAACGCUUCGACAAGAACAGCGUCCUGGAGGUCCGACGGCAGGUCGCGGGGCUGCGGAGACGUCUGCAAGAGUGCCAGUCUCAGAAUCACAGCUCCACGCCUCGUCCGCUCCCACAUUGGAGCUGCGAGCGUGGCGAUCUCGUCGGCGUCGGCCAGCCGCUGCUGCACCAGCUCAACUGGCGCGGUUUCCCCUACAAAUACGGCGCCUGGGGCAAAGACGGUGACCCUCCUGCCGGCAAAGAGGAGUCCUACUGGGUGGCACCGCUCAACACGGACGGUCGUCUCAUGGAGGUCCUGCGAAGCCACAAAAACUACAACGACCUCCUGACAUUUCGCGCCGCGGUCGACAAAAACCUUUUCACAACGGACUCCCGGGGAAACAAGAUCUACACCAACACGCCGCAGGGCGCGGGGAUGGUUGUGUACCGCAACCACCUCUACUUCAAUUGCUACAACACGCGGGACGUGUGCAAGGUGAACUUGGACACCAAUGCCGUGUCCCGUAAGCCCCUUGCCGAGGCCGUGUUCAACAACCGCUUCUCCUACUCCUCCAGCACCUGGCAAGACUUUGAUUUUGCCGUCGACGAGAAUGGGCUCUGGUUAAUCUUCUCCACCGAGGCAAGCGGUGGGAACGCGGUGUUGGGCAGGGUCAACGAAACCGACCUCUCGGUGGGAGACGUCGUCAAGACGAAUUUGUACAAGCCAGGCGCGAGCAACGCGUUCAUGGCAUGCGGGAAGCUCUACGCCACUCGUACGGUCAGCACGAGCAAGGAAGAGGUCUUUUACGUGUUCGACACGAGCACGGGUCGCGAGACGGUGAUGGAAAAGCCGAUAGUGAUGGACAAAAUGGUGGAAGCAGUCCAAAGUUUGAGCUACAAUCCAAUCGACAACAAGCUGUACAUGUACAAUGAUGGCUAUCUCGUCACCUACGAUUUAGUUUUCAAGCAGUAAUAGCCAUGAGCCGGGAUAAGAAUGUUCAGAUAUAAGUGUGUGCUGAAUUUUGAUUUAAAGCUUUCGUAACUGCAGUAAUUCAUAUUCUUAGUUCUUUUGGUAAAGUAACGUUGAAGGGAAACAACAAAAUAAUAAAAUAUAUAAAACAAUAAAAAUUCUCACGACGUUUCGACCAUAACACAAACGGUCGUCUUCAGGUGUGUUGGUUAACCAACCAAUAUAUAUUUUAUUCUUUUGUUGUUUCUCUUCAACGUGACUUUACCGAAAGAACUAAGAAUAUGUGUGCUGAAUGUUUUUUUGACAACAAGUUCUUUCUUGCUCCUUUCGAUAGUGUUUUUGUUACUCUUACUUGCAUUAUUAUGAUUAUCCAAGAGAUCUGCCUAGACACCGAGAUGCGGAGCGCCACUCAUGAGCAUGGCAGCUUUCCUCCGAGCCGGGUGGUGGGGCGCGGGGGGGGGGGGGUGCGGCACGCCAUGGGCUACGUACGGUGUGAAAGAAGUUCAACGUACGCGCGUACGCAUGGACAACAAACACGAACCGCACGUGACGAGGAUGGGAUCGAUGCGGGCCCGCAUCGAUCGCACGCCGCCCAACAGCUGUCACGACGGGAAGGUGGCCGACGUUUCCCACCAGCCGUAACCCAGCGGGGAAACGGGCGCGUGAGGACGCGCGAUUCGAGCAUUCUUCAGCGGCUACUACAGAAUCUUCAUGGCCAUAAAGCACCGCAGCGUAGCAAUUGAUAACAUUGAACGCAUCAAUAAAUACACGCCUGAAAGUCAAAACAU